AUGUUAAACUUUAAAAUUACUAAACCGUUCCACAGGAACGAAAUUUGCCAAGCGCAAUCGCAAAAGCUAUCAUAUUCUAAAUUUUGUACUUUAGUUACAUUAAUUUUACACUACUUAUACUAA